AUGCCUCGCCAUCGCAAGGGAAGUGGAAUAUUCGACUCCUAUGGUUUGCCAAAACCUAUCAUUGGAGUCGUGCAGACUACUACCAAAACGACUGCCAGCACAAGUACAGGCACCAGGCACUUGAUCGAACAUUCGGCGACACCAAACCAAUCUUCAGGACAAAAUGGAUAUAAAUUGAUACAGAGCACGUUGAUGCCAAAGCUAGCAGAUGGCUUGGCGUAUAAUACUCCAGAUAGACCUCCAUCGUUGCAAUAUAUUUCGGCUUUGAAAAGGACGUGCAAAUUCAUGGCAAAAUACUUUGAAGAAAACUCAAUUACAUCCUUUUCUCCAGCGGGGGCGAGAAAAGGAGAUAGAGUUGUAUUCGCAGAGCCUGUAGCAACCUACAGGUGUAACGGUACAGGAAAAACCUUUGGAAUGAUCCGUCUCAAAGGUGAGGAGGUAAAGUUUAAAGCAGCAAGUGGUUGGGGAAGGAGAGAGCAUGACGAUUCGUUAAGGGACAACGAAUUUUGCUCAGCUGACAACUAUCCGUGUUCUAGUUGUAAAGAACUAGACCACAGACAAUAUCCUAUUUCUUCCAUACAAAGCGGUGCUAAUCUAUCGAUUUUACAGCAAGUAUUGCAAUUUUGCAAUUAUUUAGGCUUUAAACUUCAAAGGAAUUGCUGGGACAAGACUGAAAUCGGAAGAUACGCAGCUUGCCACGUCGAGAAGAAGCUCAUACUGAUGCUCGUACUGGAUCUGAUCUACGACUCGGAGACCGGCGACAUAGCGAUGCACAGAUUAGAAGAGCUUUGGAACCUGAAUACACCCCUCCAAGCACAGAUAUACAUCGAUAAAGACCCCUGUGAGAGUUGCAGACACUUUGCUGCUAUAUUGAGGGAUUCGACGGGCAUCGAAUUUGAAAUAAUUGCUGCAAAAACUUUCGUGGAAGCAGAAUGGGUGAAGGUGGAUGGGAAGAAGCAGCUCCGGGCGAAACAUACUGCACAAAAAGGGCAAUCUCAAAUAACGAAGUACUCAAUGUCCAAGACAGGAAUGACGGUAGACUACAACACACCUGAGGUUUCUCCAUCUCGGAAAAACAAAUAUGAAGGGAAGCGGAAGAGAUUAUUGAAUGACGAGGAUGACGGCCUUGAUGAUGAACCAUUCAUCUUCCAUUCUAAUGAUCUGCUACCAAAAGUCACAAGAUUAAACGGUCACCCUCGAACUGUCGAUCAAGUCAACAGAUCGAAGUCUAACUUAUCUACCCUUCACUUGAGGAAGCCAACCCCAACGCCUAACGUGCAGAAAGAUCUUGCCAGCAACACGCACUUGCCUUCAUCUAAACAACGAAGCACGAGAGUGGAUAUGAAGUCCACGAAAUAUAGCCUGCCUUUGAGUUCGAAAAACUACGCCAAAGCACCUCCACCACUAGACCCAGUAGUGGACCACUACUCUACGUCAGUAAAGAGUGGCAGGCUGCACGGCCAUGCUGUACCUUCUGAGCGAUCACGAGCAAUAGCGGAGUUUCAGCAGGCAAAAAGGAGUUUACUUUCCAAGCCGGUAGAUCGCAACUUGCUAAGCCGUCGCAAUGUGCCAUCCAUAUAUUCACCCGCCGGAAUGGAUGUUUACACAGCAUCUGAUGAUUUGGAUUCCAUGAGCUUGAGAAGUUCGAGAACAGCUUCACCCGAGAGAUCUACAGAUGCUUUACCUACCCCAGAAAUAACGCCCCCGACAAGACAUGCAAGAAAUUGA